UCUGUGAUCAUCCCCUCCACAGACCUCCAUCCCAUUCCCCUCCCAACUCAGUGCUCUGAGGAAAACUGUCCAGACCUGGAGUGUGCCAUCUGCUUCAGUCAAUUCAACAAUGUCUUCCGCUGCCCCAAGAUGCUGCAGUGCAAGCAUACGUUCUGUCUGGAGUGCCUGGCUCGCAUGAACGUCAAGUCGGCCGAGCCCAACGCCAUCCAGUGUCCGUUGUGCCGCAGCUUUACGCCCUUGCCUUCCCUCGGCCUGCCAAAACUGGCCACAGACUCAGAUGUUUUGUCUUACCUUCCAGCUGCUAUGCAGAGAGUCUACAGCAUCCGUUUCCUCCGCAGCAAAGGGAAGCUGGAGGUCAAAAGGUCAACUGACGGACAACGUCGGUGGCCUCGGCAGUCGCUGACGUCUCUGAGAUCCAUCAACCGCUCUCUGGACGUGGGCAUUCCCAGUGGGAGCGCAGAAGGUCACGGUCAGUCACGCGGCACUGUGUGCAGUCUGACGAGCCACCCGGUGUGUCGUGCCUUACUCCUAACAUCUGUGGUGAUGAUGAUGGUGCUUCUGACUGGUGUCAUUAUCUUCCUCCUCACCUACCACAGAUAA